AUGACUAGCUUUCUUCCUUCCUUUCUGCUCCUGACCGUUGGUCUACUACCAAUUUUCUCAUCUGCCAUUGAGUGUUCUACCAUUCCUCCACAUCUCUGGUGUAGCCAUAAGGAUAUCAUAUCAUCCUGUAAUCUUACGAAUCUGUGUUCAAAAUAUAUCAAUGCAACUUUGAACAAACCCAUUCAAUUGAAGGUUCUAAUUGAAUCUCUCUGUCCUGAUACUGAAAAUUGGAUUAUAAACCAUCUGUAUCCACAAGUUUAUAAGAACUUCGCUGAUUUUGUGACAGUUGAAUUCGUACCUUAUGGCAAUGCCAAAGUACAGGAUGGCGGAAUAGUUUGUCAGCAUGGUGAGGAUGAAUGCCGGAUCAACAUGUUUGAAUCAUGUUUGAUUGAUGCAACUCAAGAUCAGAAACAAUACGUACCUAUGAUAUACUGUCUGGAAAAGCAACUGAAGAAUGGUACCGCAUUCGAAGAUGCUUCUUCUAAAUGCUUCGAAACACUAGAAAUCGGAUUCGACAUUCAAAGACUCGUUCAAUCUUGCCUAGUGUCUCGACUUGGUAAGCAACUCCAAGCUAAAGCAGGAGAACGAACUGCUAAUGUCUGGCCAGAACAACAUAAACAUGUUCCAUGGAUUCUCUUCAACAAUGUUUCUCUAAGCUCAGCUCAACUUCUUAAGGACGACAUUCCUACUUUGAUCUGUCAAUGGUAUGAGGGAGACAAGCAGAUUCCUUAUUGUCGGCAACAACAGAAGCUAUUGAAACGUAAAUCUUCGAACUGGAGCUACUUCUUACAAGAUUUCUUCUGA